UUCUAUUUCUAGUUUGCUUUGCUUGAUUCUCCACUUUUGGCUUGAUCUGUCUCUUCCUAUUUUUCUUGAGAUUUGUGGGCAUUUUCUUUAUUAAUGCUUUCUGAAUUCUGUUUUUAGAAUUGCGUAAAUACUUUUCUUUCAAUUUUCAUUUGUGAAUGAGUUUGGAGGUAUUUGUUGACUAUCUUUCAAUCAACAAGUUGUACUAUUUCAGUAAUUUUGGAAUUUUGUUUGCUUCUUUGUUUAUUCCGGAAUAUUUAAAAUGGGUUUAUCUUUUAAAUUCUUGGUUUUAGAACUGGGCAUUCACUAAUAGGAUCUUAGAAUUUGGGUUAUGAUCUGGGUCCUGCAUAAUUACUGGGAUGCUGACAAUUGCUGAUCCUGGACAUUCUUAGCUGACCCGAGAAAGGAUGCCAAGAGAGCUAUGGUUUUCACUGCCGAUGAUCUGCUGCGCUGGAAGGAUUUUCCUAAGGGCCUCAGAGUGCUUUUACUUGACGAAGACAGCAUUUCCGUGGCUCAGACAAAAUCGAAGCUCGAAGAAAUGCACUAUAUUGUUUCUACAUUCUCCAAUGAGAGUGAUGCUUUGACAGAACUUGCAAACAAACCUGAGAACUUCCAUGUUGCAAUAGUAGAGGUGAGUGUGGGCAAAAGCUAUGGGAGUUUCAGGUUCCUUGAGACAGCUAAAGACUUGCCAACUGUCACUGAUGUAUGGAUAAUUUCUGCUGCAGUGACUUCAAAUAUUCAUUGUCUAAGCACUAUGAUGAAGUGCAUUGCUCUUGGUGCAGCAGAGUUCCUUCAGAAACCAUUAUCUGAAGAUAAACUUAGGAACAUAUGGCAGCAUGUGGUCCAUAAAGCCUUCAAUGCAGGGGAGAAUGCUGUCUCCAAACCAUUGAAACCCAUCAGAGAAACUGUAUCUUCAAUGAUUCAACUCCAACUGGAAACCACCAAAGUGGAGCAGAAAAACAUUUUAGAAGCAGAAAAUGAGAUUCAGGUCCACAAAAAGGGUCAUGAGCAGUCAGUAGCCACAGAUAGGUUCCCAGCACCUUCAACCCCACAGUUGAAACAAGGGGAAAGACUUUUGGAUGAUGGGGAGUGUCAUGAUCAGUCUAACUUUUUAUUAGAAAAAGAGAUUGAGGACCAAGGAGAUCCCAAAUUUGUUGAAACUACUUGCAACAACACAGUUGUGGAGAUUACUGUUAAGGCAGAGCCAUCACCAAGAUGUGAAGAGGGUGGGAUUAUGGAAGAGGAUGACUCAACUGAUGGUUCUAAGACUGGAAAUAGAAUAUCUUCUCCUCCACAGGACAAAGGAAGUGCAGAGGAUUCUAGAAUUGAUGCUGGAAACUCAAAGAAGGCAUCUCUUAUUCCUAAUUCAUGUAGGACCAAUAUUAACAAGAAGAAGAUGAAGGUAGACUGGACACCCGAACUGCAUAAACGGUUUGUGCAGGCAAUUGAGCAUCUAGGUGUCGACCAAGCCAUCCCUUCUCAAAUCUUGGAGUUAAUGAAAGUGGAGGGUUUGACAAGGCAUAAUGUGGCAAGCCACCUCCAGAAGUAUCGAAUGCAUCGAAGACACAUUAUACCAAGGGAAGAUGAUCGGAGAUGGCAGCUUCCUAGAGACACCACCCCAAGGGUUUAUCCUCAGAAACCUGUCAUGGCCUUCCCUCCUUACCAUUUUGGUCAUGGUUUCUCACCCAGUCAACACUACCCUGCAUGGGGCCAUCCUAGCAGUCACCCUUCCAGUGUUCAAGUUUGGGGUCACCCCAGCUAUCCCACGUGGCAGUCUCCAGAAAGUUGUCCAUGGAAGACUUAUCCAGGGAUGCAUGCUGAUGCAUGGGGUUGCCCUGUGAUGCCAAUGCCUCAAGGUCCAUAUUCUACCUUUCCUCAAAACUCCUUGGGAUUUCAGAGUUUUGAAGACAAAGGCAACUUACUGGGGAAUUACAUUGACCUUCAUCCGGCAGAGGAGGUAAUAGACAAAGUUGUGAAGGAAGCAAUAAGCAAGCCAUGGCUGCCAUUGCCCUUAGGCCUCAAGCCUCCAUCAACAGAAAGUGUUCUUUCCGAGCUCCAUAGACAAGGCAUCUCCUGUAUCCCUCCUUACAAGAACACGAAUUCCUCCUGCUGACAUGGCGCCAGAAACAUCUUGCAUUAACGACAAAGACAGAAAAGUCUCUGAUCCUUUCCACCGCUCCUGACAAGAGUAGGUGGACUGUCUAUUAGUUGAGAUGAUUUGGACGGUGGAGAAUGGGCCACGUGUAUGGUUGGCAAUGCAGAAGAAAGUUGUGGCUGUGAAUAGAGGAUGGUUCAAAUGUUCAAUAGUAAGAAGGAACAGAAAAGGAUAGAUUAACAAACUUGAUGGAACAAAGCAAAUGCAGAAGGGAACGUUGGAGUUGUUUGUUUUUCUAUCUUGACAUCAUGAGACGGUGAUAGAUCUGGUCUGGGGGGUGGGGCCUGCAGUUUCAAUUUGUGCAAUCAAGCGGACGGAUCUCUCUGAAAUCUGAAUCCCUCAGUGGGGCCAUAGACAUGUUAUAAACAAGAGAAGGGACACUACUCAGUACUCAACUGAUGCUGCCGUGGCUAUUUCUGUAGAGAAUGAGUUGUGAAUAAAGUUAGAACUGAUUUUGAUUUUUGACUUUGAAAUCAAUUUAUCCAUUUAUAUGGGCUAUUUCUCUUGAGAAAUGUUCGGAUUUGC